GGGGAGGUAAACACGCUGCGCUCCGGUUGAAGAUGAAGCUGAGUUCAUUGUCGUUCCUGUGUCUGACCCUUCUUCUUUAUCAUAUGCCGCUUUCCCUGGCCAAAGGCAAAGGAGGGGGGUUCGGGAAGGGCUGGCGCUCAAAAGCGACUAACCGAGGCACUAAUACAGGCCACAAAAAUAAUCAGGGCUCUCAGGGUGGAGCCCCUAAACAGUCCGGACAAAACACACAAGCAGGCCAUCCCUCACAAUCGGGAGGUUACCCAAAGCAGCAGGGCGGAGGCUACUAUAAGCACCAGCCAGGUUCUCCGUAUGGAGGAGGGUACGGAGGUCAGGGCGGUUACAGAAGUGGACACAUCAACCCCAACCCAAACAACAAGAUCCUGAGCCCUGGCUACGGCGGAAGCAUUGGAUACGGGGGCUACGGGGCUGGAGGCGGCUCUCCCUUCUCUCGCGUCGUUCACGCUCAGGGCUACGGUCCCUCUGAUAAAUCCAGAAAUUUCGGGCGCACCGCAGUGGCGGCGGCAGCCGGAGGGGCUGUGGCGGGCAUGGCCGUGGGCUACGGGAUAGGGAGGUACCCCCGUCCUCAUUUCCAGCUCCACAGUCGCCAGGAGGAGCAGCACUACAACCACUACAUGCACAGGAAAUACGGCCUCCAGUCCACCGACACCAACGAUUACAGCAGAGACUACAAAUACAGUCAGCCCCCUCAGACCUAUGAUGACUACAUGGACGCCUGCAUGAAGAGAAAUGACCUCCUGUCCACAGAGAGUCAAAAGACGAAAAACAAGGCGACGGCUGUGACUAAAACCACCACGUCUACCGUUGUCACCUCAGCGUCAGACGUGGGCAGCAACACGACAGAGACCAACGGAUCGAACCCUUUGGCCGACGCCCGUUUGACCCCCAGCGCUCGAAAACAACCAAAAGCCCCUCCGGCACCCGGUAGCAGCGCCGAAGACGACGACGACGACGACGACACAGUCAGCAUUGUGGAGAUCGGCUAUCCUUCGCUGAUUGAGCAGAUGAAAGUCAGAAAAUGCUUGGAGCUCUACAUGAUUAACUCAGAGAAAUACUUGAAGAGAGUGAUCGGAGGAGCGCCGGGACUCACGAUGGGCUUUCAAGGGCUUUUGGUUGUGGUCACCAGUACUGUAAUGAUGCUACUUAAUAGCAACAUAAUAGCUGCGUAAUAGCUGCACUGAGGCCUUCGUGUCAUGGAUACACCACCAACUUUACACCUUUACACCGCCAAUUCACAUUGUUUACAAAUUACCAAUGAGACCAACUCCUCUUUCUAUGUAUAAUGUUAUGGGUGUUUCACCAUUUCAAUUAUUACUUAUUAAAGAGAUAGCAGGGUUCUUUGGUUCUUUUGUCUCACAUGUUGGUUGUGCAUCUGUGAGGCUGGUACAGGAUAGUGGUCAUUCAUUAAUUAAUUUUACUUGUUUCAUCGGUAUACUAGAUCUAAUAGUAAAUAAUAUCACACGUAAGACUGAGAAAUAUUACACUGUAAGCAUGAAUAAGUACUUGUAAUGGAUCAUAUCUGCUCGUGUCUUCAAACUCAAGUAAACUUUUACCAUAUUCAGUCCACUGGAAGCCUCAAACCCACAAAAACAGAUAAACUACCAGAUAAACUCAAACAGGUGAACAGUGGCAAGCAGCUUUGUCUUUGUUUGCUCCAUGUCUUUACUGUCUAGCUCGUUCACUUUCACCCGGUGUUUUGCCUUUCUCUCCGCAUGCUGAAGUGCUCUUAAACUACUAAUCCACCCAGACGUUAUUAAUACCUGAACUGGCACCUUAUCGUAGCUGAGUGUAAUGUGUGCGUUAUCUGUUGUAUUUACAGUGUCAAGAUAAGAUUUGUACCAGAACAUUUCCUGUUUUCAAAGAUGAUGAUUGUAAAACGCUCCACUUUGUAACUUACGUUGCUAAAAAAAACAGAAUUGAAAACUAAAAUAUUCAGUAAAACAUUCACAUUCCAGUUAUAAUAAGACAUAAGAGUGUAUAUCCGUGAAAGCAGUUGUGACAAUCUGUGAAGCAAGUUAAUAAAUGUGUAGUUUAGCACGUAUGCUGCCAAAACUCUAGUUGUACAAAAAAAAAUCGCAUUCAUCAUUGCUUUUAGACUUUUUAUAUACUAACAGCUCUUUACAAUUUGACUGCGUAACAACCCCCUGAUCACAAAGGGUGAAAACAUCAAAGCCGUUAAUGAGUCACUGUAAGCAGCCUACGCCAUCUUGUGUCUGGCUUUUAUAAUCUGCAACAACUGAACGUUCACACAGGUGGUUUGUGCGUGCCUCCUGAAUUCAAUCCUCAGGAUCCGGGUUUAGCUCAGAACAGAAGACGAUCACUCCAGUCGCUACUAUUAUAAACAUUUGGUUCAGGUUGUGGAACGGUUCUAGGUACAUGUUUUACAGACGUUGGUUUAAAAUGGGAAAAAUAUCAGCAAUCAAACAGUUCAGUGAACCCAUCCAUCCACCCCAAUCUCCUACUUAUAUGGUGCGUCAUAACAACUACAACCACUAGAGGGCCCUGUAGAGGACCUAUGUUCUGCUGAAUAUUGAGGGCUGUCCUGUUUUGUGCCUGUAUUCUCAAAUAAACUUAUAAACAUAAGUAACUCACCUUUGUGGAUAUUUGCUCCGUUACUGUGAGGGCUGCUGACUGAAAUCGAGAGCUGUCAGAAGCUUUGCAUGUUUGUUAAAGAAAAAAAAAUAAAAUUAAAGUUAACUUGAGUUUAUAUCAUGUGACACAUUAUAAAGUUUGCUGCGAUGAAAAGGAAACCACAAGACUUGUACUAAAUAUAUCUGCAUCUAAGUCUUGAAAGAAUUAAAAGCAAUUUAAUUAACUACCAACAACUAAAAUACAAACAUUUUCUGUGGGUGUGUUCUCUAUGUAGGCCUGAAAGCCUGUUUUUUUUUUGUUUGUUUGCUUUUCAUGCCAUUAGGCUCCUGAUGGGAGUAUAAUGGUGAGAUUGGACAUAUCUGGGUUCCAUGUUGCCUCUUACAUCCAUAAGACUGGUGCUACUUUUCCAACAAAAUUCAAUAUUACAGCUUUUAGCUUUUAUUUAAAACACAGCAGCCCUGCAGUGACGGAGCAGAACCCUCCCGUCUAUGAAUUUAAAUGUAUUGUUACUUUUGUUAUAAAUAAACAAUUUUAUUAUUAA